UCUGUCGCUCACCGUCCAGCUAACGCCAGUGUCCAUUGUAAAUGCAAUAGGGUGAUGCCGACUUAAAGACAGCUUUUGGCACAUGGGUGUCAGCAUAGGGAUAUGACACGUACAGUUACUGCAGAUACAUAUGUGGAGCUGUCAGGCUUGGAGCAAACAACCAGCUGGUGACUUCCACCCAUACCUCUGCUGCUGGCCUGUGAGCUCAGUCUAUGGGUGUUAGGAAGAGGUGCAGAUUCAGUUUGGAGCUGACCUCUCCAUGGUAGCUGUCUUCUCUGGACCGCUGACCCUGGCUGGCAGCCCUCUAUGGCGUGCCCUGUCCAGUUCUUCUGCCGGGGGCUUCGCACUUUUGGAUUAGUUCUCCUCUACUAUGUCUUCUCUAUAGGCAUCACCUUCUAUAACAAAUGGCUGAUGAAGGACUUUCACUAUCCCCUCUUCAUGACGUUGGUUCACCUCACCAUCAACUUCUGCCUGUCGGCUCUGACGCGACGGGUCAUGCAGUGCAGUACAGGGAAACCCCGCAUCAUUCUGGGUUGGAAGGACUACCUCCGUAAAGUGGCUCCUACAGCCUUGGCAACAGCACUGGAUAUUGGACUUUCCAACUGGAGCUUCCUUUUCAUCACCAUUAGCUUGUACACCAUGACCAAGUCUUCAGCGGUUCUCUUUAUCCUAUUUUUCUCCCUGGUUUUUAAACUAGAAGAACCGAACCCAUUCCUGAUCCUGGUGGUCCUGCUGAUCUCCAGUGGUCUGUUUAUGUUUACAUUCGAGUCGACCCAGUUCAACCUCGAGGGCUUCAUCUUGGUGCUGCUGGCGUCCUUCAUAGGCGGGAUCCGCUGGACCCUCACUCAGGUCCUCAUGCAGAAAGCAGAGCUGGGCCUUCAGAACCCAAUAGACGCUUUGUUCCACCUACAGCCCCUCAUGUUCAUCGGCCUCUUUCCCCUCUUCCUAUAUAAUGAAGGGCUGAGCCUCAGUACCUCAGAGAAGUUAUUCCGGGCAAAGGAGCUCUAUCCUCUAAUGUAUUCCAUCGUCACACUGAGCAUCGGCGGCUUACUGGCCUUCGGUUUGGGCUUCUCGGAGUUCCUGCUCGUCUCCCGGACCUCCAGCCUCACGUUAUCCAUAUCAGGGAUCUUUAAGGAGGUGUGUACUCUGCUUUUGGCAGCAGCUCUGAUGGGAGACAAAAUGAGCUUGCUUAAUUGGCUGGGAUUCACCAUGUGUCUGUGUGGCAUUUCACUGCAUGUAGGAAUCAAGACAUAUUAUUCCAAAAAUAAGGGACCGUCUUUAAGGCAGCUCAACAGCAAGAGCCCAGAGCUUGAGCUGCCAUUACUGCGUCAGAACGGAGACGACAGAGACGAUUCGGCUUCUGAAGACGAGAAACAGGAAAUCACCAUGCACUAAGGAUACGCGUCACUAAAAGACUGUCUUCACAAUACUCGCUCCUUUACAACUGUUCUACCAUAUGGUUUGAACUGCAACGUUUGAACUGCCACCAGAAGAGGGAAAAGCCUCCUCAGCUCUUCCUCUUUUCUUCCACCGACCAUGUCUUCGGGCCAGGCCUGGGCCUCAUUAUGUAGCUGUACGUUAACUCUGGACUUGACACAAGUUAUGAUCUUUUGCCUUAAGGGAGCUAAGAAAAUGUAACUAACGCAUCCAAGUGUCAACCAAGUAUGAUGUAUGGGGAGAGAGAGGGUGUUAAAGGGACACUUUGACACCUUGAAUUGUAGUGGGUCAUUUGUCUUGGCUAGGGACUUGUCACACAGUGGGACUAUCUUCACACUUUGUUAUAUAUGCCAAUAUUUAUAUGUGUGUUUAUAGCUUUCUGUAAAGUGACACAGGCCUUUGCAGAAUAAGCUGCCAAAUGUAGAAACAGUUUAAAGACUAAUCUGGUUUAGGAAAAACUGACUAGAAUUUAAAGUGUCACGGUAACCCUGCCAUACCUUCUGAUUACAUCAUUUCUCUUCCUGAAAUAUGUAGCCUGUAAAAACUGGAUUAAUAGUAGAUGUGUAAUAUAGUUCUUCAGAUUCCUAUUUUGUGCAAACGGCUUUGCUGCUCUUCUUUAUGGGCUCCCAUUUAAUACAGUGCCCAUCACAUUUUUCUAAACCCUAAGUUCAGGUCUUCAGGUUGCAGGUUUUGUUCAACCAAUAGUCCAAAGCCCAAAGAUAUUCAGGUAUUAUCACAUUAAGACAAAGAAAGCAGCAAACCCUCACAUUUUUUUAGAAGCAAGUAAAUAAGAGAAUGUUUAGCCCUUUUGCUUGAAAAAUCACUUUAAAGAUAAAUUGAUUACCAAAUUAUUGCUGAUUAAUUUUAAAGUUUAAUUAAUUAAUAGGAGGUUUGGCGGCAGAAACGCCGUUUGAGUGGGAUUUUAUAGUGUAGUGUAGUGUCAUUUUUAGUCCAAUUUCAUUUUAGCUCUGCUCACUGGUUAUCCUGAGAAACUAGCACUACCUCCCUCUAAAGCCACUCCCCCAAAAUGAUCAUAAGUUAGCAGUAUUUGGAAGUCUGGUGACUCACAGUGAGUUCAAGGGCAGGCAGGUAACGAACUGAAUGAUUGGACGGGGUUAUUACAGUCCUAUGACAGCCAAAGAUACAGGACUUUUAUUUUGUGUCAGAGCAUUUGAUUCAUUGAUUGUUGUCCGAAUGUGAAGAGAAUUUUAACAAAUGUAGCAAAAAAUGUUUACCAACCCCAGCUUUAAUUCAAGUGCACGCUUCAGGGCUGGAGACUGUUCACACAAUCUCAACUUGAAUUGGCUCCAGCCAGUGCUUUGUGUUAUUUAAAGAAGAUGUGAAAUGGCUAUAUGUAAUUAUUAUCAGUACUAUAAAUACCUUAAUGUGCCUAUUUUUUACGUCACAGCAGUCGAGAAGUCUACGUUAAAGGGCUAUUUUUCAAAAUCCAUCAUAAUUGAAUCUCUGAUUAUGAAGCUGAAGUACUUGAUAUUUAAGCCUGUUUAAGAAGUCAUGUUUCAUUUCAGAAUAAAUCUUGGAUUAUAGUAAAUGUUUCAUCACUUAGAGGUGGUUAUCUAUGCUAUGAUUAGACAGCCAUGCUUUUCAUCAAUAAAUGCUGAAUUACCAACCCUGCCGGCCUAUUCCUGUGGUUUAGCUUUAAG